AUGUUUAUAAACCCUGUUAACUCAAUGUUCUUUUGCUUACCUUAUUUUUAUUCUUUUCAGGCUCCUUAAACGUUAGUUAAAGAGGAGGCUUCAGAUAUAGAAAAAGAAUAAACAGUUUAAAAUAUUUAAGAACAAACGAAUGCAAGUGGAAUAGUUAGAGGAAAAGGAUAAUUAUGGUCUAAAGAUGAGGUGGAUAACUUAAUUAAAUACUAUAAAUAGUAUCAUGGAGAUUGGAAAAAGAUCAUUAAACACUUAAAAGGAAGAAAUAUCUCUUAGUGUUCAUAGAAAUUUAGAAAACUUUAAGAUUAAGAUAAAAGAACAAAAAGGAAAUGGUCAACUGAGGAAGAUAAAAUACUAUUAGAAAGCUUUGAAUAGUAUGGAAGAUAAUGGAUUAAGAUAGCUGAAAGUAUUAAAUACAAUAACUAAAUAUAGAACUUCCAGGAAGGACAUCAAAACAAGUUAGAGAUAGAUAUGUAAAUUAAAUAAAUCCAAUAAUCAAUCAUAAGGAGUGGAAUGAAGAAGAAGAUAAAAUAAUAAUGAAAGAAUUUUAAUAAAAUGGACCACAUUGGGCUUAAAUAGCUAAGUAGUUAGAUAACAGAUCUGUAAUUCUGAAUUCUUAAAUAUUAGGAAAAUUAAGUCAAAAAUAGAUUUUAUUAUACAAUUCUUAAAAAGUAUAAUGGAGAGCUACACCCAUAUUUGAAAAUACAGAAUUGA